GUUAUUUCUGGCCAAGCGGUAAGACUGUGGUCUGUUGCUGCAGUUUUUGGAGCAUCACCACUCCAGAACGAACUGGGCUGCCAUCCUUUCGCCAUGGGCUCCCGGCCGCGCGGGGCGCUGAGCCUGCUGCUUUUGCUGCUAGCGCGGCCCAACCUCCUAGCCACAGGCUGUCCGGCGCCAUGCAGCUGCGCAGGGACGCUCGUGGACUGUGGGCGCCGCGGACUGACCUGGGCCUCGCUGCCCUCUGCCUUCCCUCCCGACACCACCGAACUGGUGCUGACCGGCAAUAACUUGACGGCACUGCCGCCCGGGCUUCUGGAUGCACUGCCUGCCUUGCGUGAAGCGCACCUAGGCGCCAACCCCUGGCGCUGCGACUGCCGCUUAUUGCCGCUGCGCGCCUGGCUGGCCGGCCGCCCCGAACGCGCGCUCUACCGCGACCUGCGCUGUGUCGCGCCCCCCGCGCUGCGUGGCCGCUUGGUGUCCUACGUGGCAGAGGACGAGCUGCGGGGGGCGUGCGCUCCCGGCCUGCUCUGCUGGGGGGCUCUAGUGGCGCAGCUCGCACUGCUGGUCCUCGGGCUGCUACACGCACUGCUGCUGGCGCUCCUACUGAGUCGCCUACGGAAGCUGCGUGCGCGCGCGCGCGCCCGUGCCUUCCGCGAGUUAUCGCUCACAGCCCCGUUGAUGACAGAGCCGGCCGGAGCUGAUGCAUACUAAGGACAGGCGCAAAGCAACAACGACCUGCAAAGUUUGCAGGUCCCUACUAGAGGACCCUCUCCUUCACCUGGAUCAGCCUCUGCCCUUGCCCAGUCUUCCAGACCCAAACUUGGCAGGCCUGAAUCCACGUGGGGCCAAACUGCUGACAGCACUACUGGGGAGUGAAACAACCCUAAGCCUUCAGAGCCUUGGGAGAGCCCAGUCUCCCCCUGCCAUCUUCAUCACUGAAUAAACUUUCUC